GACUAUAAAAGCCGGCACCCGCUUCCACUAGACGCAUAGUGUACUUGGGUAGUUCAUCCGAGUAGCAGCAUCCGAGUCGAGCAGAAGCUUGGUAGUGUAGUUGCGUCCAGUGGCGUUGAGUGCAUCCGUAUCCGAGGAUGUUCAAGAAAACGAUCGUUCUGAGCUGCCUGGUGGCGGUGGCCCUCUGUUCGGCCGACCUGGAAACGGCUGAAACUGGCUGGGGAGGCGGUGGUGGUGGUGGCUGGAGCAGCGGCGGCGGUGGCUAUGGAGGUGGCGGCGGUAAGAAGGUGAUCAUCAUCUCGUCCGGCGGCGGUGGUGGACACGGAGGCAGUGGUGGAUGGUCCAGCGGCGGUGGUGGUGGCGGAUACGGCAAGGGAUGGUCCAGCGGCGGUGGCGGACUGGGCAAGGGUUGGUCCAGCGGCGGUGGCUCUUACGGAGGCGGUGGCGGUGGAUGGCCAAGCAGCAAGGGAUGGUCCAGCGGUGGCUCGUCGUUCGGCGGUGGAUAUGGAGGCGGUAGCGGGUGGUCCGUUGGAGGAGGCAGCGGUCUCGGUGGUGGACACUCGGGCGGCUGGAGCUCGGGCGGCGGUGGUCGCAGCAUUGGUGGAUGGCCGUCGGGUGGUGUGAGCAAGGGAUGGUCGUCGGGAGGUAGCGGCGGAUACGGAGGAAGCCAGGGAUGGUCGUCGGGAGGUAGCGGCGGAUACGGUGGAAGCCACGGAUGGUCGUCGGGCGGUAGCGGACUGGGAGGUGGAUACGGAGGCGGUGGCUGGAGCUCGGGCCGUAGCCUGGGAGGAUCGGGCGGAUGGUCGUCGGGCGGUCUGAGCAAGGGUUGGCCAUCGAGCGGCGGCAGCAAGGGCUGGUCCUCGGGAGGCGGCGGCUACGGAGGUGGCAGCGGAUGGUCCACCGGAGGAAGCGGCUGGAGCGGUUCCAGCGCUUGGUAAACGGUGGCGUACGUCCCUCAACAUCCGAAGCACCCCUCAACUACUGCCCCAGCACUGUUGCGAAACAGUUCUUGUUGAUAUCUUGAAAUAAAAACGGCGCAAUACCAUUCGCUUUUUUUGUACAUAAAACUA